UCUCUAGAACUCUCUCGCUGUCUCUCUCAUCACAUACGAUUCCUCAUUUCCUCUCUGGCAUUUUUCUUCAGAUCUCAGACGCAUUGAAUUGAUCAGAAUCAUACAAUUUUGAUACAUCUGAUCUCAAUUUUGGCCGAUCGGGAUUCAAUUUUGUGUGUGAAUUUACAUGCAUAGAGAUAGAGAGAGAGAGAGAGAUUGAUUUUGAUUGAAGAAAGCAAAAUUGCUUUUUGAGAGAGACAGAGAGUGUGUGUGUGAGUUAGGUAUAGAAAAAUAGGCGCAUGAGCUGUUUGGUCAAUCUGGAGUUCUCUUCUUCGAAUUCAAACCACUUCAUAACGUGCCUUCUCGUUUUUAUUCUUCAUUACUCACCUCAAUUGCCUCCUCUUACCUUGUUUAAUUUUGAGAAACCCUUGGAACCUAGAGCGAACUUCUCAUUAAUAUCGUUAUUAUUGCUGUUGUUAAGUAAUUUUAAUCACAGUAAUCUCUUUAAUCAUUGCCGAUCGUCGUCUAAUCAUGGAGUCGCGAGAACAGAGUAAUCGCCAAUUAACCAAGGUUCCUUGCUAUUCAAAUGUUGAGAGGAGACAUGGUGCCUCACCCUCAGUCAUCGUCAUAGGUGGUGGUUUUGCCGGUAUGGCAGCUGCUCGGGCCCUUCAUGAUGCUUCAUUUCAGGUUGUCGUGUUGGAAUCACGGGAUAGAAUUGGUGGUCGAGUUCACACAGAUUACUCAUUUGGUUUCCCUAUUGACCUGGGUGCAUCAUGGUUGCAUGGGGUCUGCAAAGAAAAUCCUUUGGCACCGUUGAUUGGAAGACUAGGACUUCCUCUCUACCGUACUAGUGGUGACAACUCUGUAUUAUAUGAUCAUGAUUUGGAAAGCUAUGCACUCUUUGAUAUGGAUGGGAAUCAAGUUCCUCAGGAUUUAGUGAAGAAGAUUGGCGAAGCAUUUGAGAGCAUUUUGAAAGAGACAGAUAAAGUAAGGCAAAAUUAUAGUGAAGACAUGUCUAUACUUCGUGCUAUCUCAAUUGUUUUUGAAAGGAAGCCAGAGUUAAGGUUGGAAGGGAUUGCUCAUAAGGUGUUGCAGUGGUACUUAUGCAGAAUGGAAGGUUGGUUUGCUGCAGAUGCUGAUACCAUCUCACUUAAAUGCUGGGAUCAGGAAGAACUGCUUCCUGGUGGUCACGGGCUCAUGGUGCGGGGCUAUCUCCCUGUUAUUAAUACACUUGCCAAAGGUCUUGACAUCCGCUUGAACCACAGGGUUAAAAAAAUUGUCAGACGUUACAAUGGAGUGAAGGUUACUGUUGAAGAUGGGCGAUCAUUCAUAGCAGAUGCUGCUAUUGUUACUGUUCCUCUUGGUGUUCUGAAAUCCAAUACCAUCAAAUUUGAGCCAAGGCUUCCUGAGUGGAAGGAAUCAGCUAUUGCUGACCUUGGAGUGGGGAUUGAGAACAAGAUCGUCUUGCACUUUGAGAAUGUGUUUUGGCCUAAUGUAGAAUUCUUGGGGGUGGUUGCAGAAACUUCAUAUGGAUGCAGCUACUUUCUGAACCUUCACAAGGCUACCGGUCAUUCUGUCCUUGUUUAUAUGCCUGCAGGGAAGCUAGCUCUCGACAUUCAGAAAAUGUCAGAUGAAGCUGCAGCUAGUUUUGCUUUCAAGCAACUGAAGAAAAUCUUGCCUGAUGCUUCUGCCCCGAUUCAAUAUCUUGUUUCUCGAUGGGGCAUGGAUGAAAACUCACUUGGAUCCUAUAGCUAUGAUGCAGUAGGGAAACCCCAUGAUCUGUAUGAGAGGCUAAGGAUCCCUGUCGAUAACCUAUUUUUUGCAGGGGAGGCGACAAGUGUAGACUACCCAGGGUCUGUGCACGGUGCAUACUCAACUGGAUUAAUGGCCGCUGAGGAUUGCAGGAUGCGUGUCCUGGAGCGUUACGGGGAAUUGGAUCUGUUCCAGCCAGUCAUGGGUGAGGAGACUCCGGUUUCUGUACCCUUGUUGAUCUCUCGUAUGUAACUUUUAGGACCAGUCCAUCUCACAUAUAUAUAUAUAUGUCAGACAUGGGAUCCUUGCUAAUGCAAUAUUACCAUGACUGCUUUGGGGAAAUUACUGUUUUUCCAAUGGAUUCAUCAUGUUAGUUUGUUGGUUGCUGUGUGUCUUAGCCUUCCUCCAUCUGAUAAUGUGUCUAAUAGUAAUCUGUUGAAUAUCAUAAACCUUAUGAACCACCUUGUGUUUUCAUGUUUAGUAUCCAAUGUUGUAAUCCUUGAACAACUUAGAUGGGACAAUUUACAGUGAGUAUGAAGUUAUUUUUGUGUUUAUCUUCUGUAUUAAAGAAAACUAAGGAUUCAAAUAUCCUUAACUUCUUUA